AUGAGAAGGGUUUUAUUUGCGGCAAAUUACUUAUUUGUUGGUUUUUCUUUCCCUAAGGAGAGAGAAACUAAAUGUUACUUGAAUAUCUAUCUAUCUAUCUAUCUAUCUAUCUAUCUAUCUAUCUAUCUAUCUAUCUAUCUAUCCCGUCACUCGUGUGCUGGUUGGGCUCAUUUUCCUACCAAUUGGCACCACCCGAACAUCCCUAUCUAUAUUUUAUUCGCUAGCAAUUUUUGUUUUCUUUCUUUUUUCCUUUCUUUCUUUCUUUCUUUCUUUCUUUCUUUCUUUCUUUCUUUCUUUCUUAUAUCUAUAAGUGCGUUAAUAUCUAUCUGUCAGUCUGUUAAUUCAAUAUCUAUCUAUCUAUCUAUCUAUCUAUCUAUCUAUCUAUCUAUCUAUCUAUCUUAUCUAUCUAUCUAUCUAUCUAUCUAUCUAUCUAUCUAUCUAUCUAUCUAUCUAUCUGUCUGUCUGUCUGUCGCACAGAUACUACACUGA